UGCUUUGCGUGUUCUAGAACAUUAGCAACUCUUCCGGUGCAUAAAUCCACUCUGCUUUGCAAACAGUUCAUUCUGCGGGGACCAAGCGUUUGAGGGCUCGUUAUUAGGUUAGUAAGACUGUUCUUUUUUACUCUGUUAUCUUGCUAUCUCAAUGUGAUUUACAACGUAAGAGAGUAGAGAGCUAGCAAAAAGAAAACAAACAGUCCAAAUGACCAAGAAGGGGCAGGGCAGAUGCACGGCUUGUUUUACCUGCCACCCUCGCAAAGUUGCUAUUUAGCUCCUAGCGAAGAUACUAUUUCAAGUUAUCCGUGUCAUGUUCCAAUAUUAGCCUGCGGUGAUGUAGUUUUCAUGCGACAAAGCGUGAGUUGUAUGGACAAAUGUAUGACUUGUUGUUUACCACACUCCCAAGUUGUAUACAUGUCCACUAAGCGCCUCAAAAUAAGAUACCGUAUUUCCUUGAAUUGUCGCCCGGGCGCUAAUUAAUUCAAAACCUCUUCUCACUCCUGCGCUUACCAAAGGCAUGCGGUAAAAGUAAGCAUGCGCUAAUUAUUUGAAAACCUCUUCUCACUCCGGCACUUACCAAAUGUAUUCAGUGAAAAUUUGAGUGUGAUGUAAGCUUGGACCUUAAAUCCUACUGAAUAGCUCUUCCCUUUAUGCGAUUUCAAAUUACCGGUAUUGAAAUCAGCCUCCACCAUUUUGAAAAUGAUGACCAUGGAAGUGUCACUCGUGACGUCACGAGUUUGACCAGGCAGUAAUACUAAGCAUGCGCUAAUUAACUUGGGAAACGAGUUUGACCCGGCAGUAAUUCAAGGCAGGCGUAUACUAUAUGCCCGACGGAAGUUCAGGGAAAUACGGUAUGUAAUUAUAUGUCCAUGUUCCCCCUCACACAUGCCUUUUUUAAAAUAAUAAUCUGGCCGACUGAACCAUAAUGCAUCACUUGGGGCCCACAAGCAGUCAGCUGGGUUUGCUAGAUACCAUGUACACAUUUUCUGGGCCCACAAGCCUACCCGAAUUUGAUCUUGGACAUCCUAGUGCAUCCGACCACCUGCAGAAGGGAGCAAUGUCAAGCAACAGUUGGGAGAUGAGAUGCCUGAGGAAGCACAGGAGGAGAGUGGAUGAUGAAGGUUGUCUUGCCAAAAGAAGGAGAUUAACGGUGGAGAGUGAACUGGACAUUUCAUCGGACUGGCCUCCGACAAAGAGCGGUCCUGCUUUGUGUACACCACAAGCCAACCGUGCUCCACAGCCUUGUCCAACACCUUACACCCUGACUUCACUGCCGUCGUCCUCCGCUGUGUCCUCCUGCAUGGAAGUAGAGGCCGCUCAGAGGAGGCUUCAAGAGAUUGAAAACAGAAUAACGCUGGAGGAUGACGACGAGGAUGAAGAUCUUGACGUGGAGCCAGCCCAAAGAAGGCCGGUGCUGGUCAUCUCCGAUAGUCUAAAGGAAGGCCUGCAGCGCGGCAUCACUGACAUCCUCCCCCACACAGUAGCUCAAUCUGUGAGCCAGUCCUGCAUGGAGCUGGUGUUGUGGCGGCCACCAGAAGACCCCUUUUGUCGCAGACUAAGAGGUUCCAUACAGAAACCGAGAAAACAGACAGUCUCCAGACAUCCUCCUACUGCGUGCCCCUCUCCCACCCCUCACAGUCCCAUCACUGCGCUUGCAGACACACACUCUCAUCUAUACAACUUUCCAGUCGCACAGAGCUGUGGAGAGGAGGACAUGGAAAUGUAAGAGUGCAACUGGCUGCCUGGACUUGUUUGGACAUGUCACUCUUGGUACUAAAUUUGUCACUUGGAAUUGUUGCCUUCAACCUUAGCUUCAGUCACUUUUGGUUACAUGACUAUAAUCCCAGUAUGAAGUAACACCCUGACCUGGUAUAUUUACGUAACCCACUUUCCGCUUGUUUCACCAUGGAAAAAACAGCUUCAGCUUUAUGAGUACUAAUUGAUAUAAACAUUUGCCAAAGCCUGGUUGACGUUGCACUAAUAUGCUGUUUCUCAGUAGGUGUUUGUUAAUCAGCAACUCAUUUUUCUACCAUUUUGUCAUUGUUAUUCCUCCAUGUUCAUAAAUGCUAAUGUGCAUGGCUUUGUUCAAGAGCGGUAUUUGUUGUGGUUGAAAGACAAUCUUUCUAUAUUUCUUAGCAAGUGUGCAAUUAAAACGCUUUGAAGAAUUUGUAAAGUACUCGAAAGACACUGAUUAUUUUCAAACGUGUUCCCUUUGUAUUUGUUUUGCAAUUAAAUCAAUAAAGUUGAUUAAAUGUU